AUGAAAACGACAACGUCAACCGCUUCAUUGGCCUCUCGGUGGACGGACAGCACUACUUGUCGGUUUGGAGGCUCUGCUCCCGUGGAACACUUUCUGGAAGUGCUCAUCAACUCGCCCAUCAAAAUGGACGCCUUCUUUGCCUUCUCCUUAAUCCGAGACGUCCUAUCGGGUCUCGCCUUCAAUCCACCCGCACUCCCGUCGGCCUUCACGGAAAUCUCACUUCAGAAUGCUGCGGUGGUGGAUGAGCGAUGGCAAAUCAAAAUCAGUUUAUUUGGGCUGCAGGGGAUCCAGGCGAUGGACAAAAAGGUCAAGCGAGACGGCCCGGAAAUCCUUCGCGACUCCAGCAACCCACCCACUAAAGCGAGCGACAUCUACUCCUUCGCUAUCAUUUCGUCUGAGAUUCUGAUGCGAAGCCCGCCCUGGGACGUCGAUCAACGAAAGGAGAGAAUUGACGAAUUGAUCUACAUGAUCAAAAAGGGCCGACAUCCACCAAUGCGUCCUGAGAUCGACCUGACGAACAUGCCAGACAUGAACACAUCUAUGGUACACCUAAUCACCGACUGCUGGUCGGAAAACCCGCUCGACCGACCGCCCAUCGAUAAAGUGCGCGCGUCGAUGCGGAACAUUUAUCACGGAAACAACAACAAUCUAAUGGAUCACGUGUUCCACAUCAUGGAACAGCAUGCUGAAAUGCUCGAACAGGAGGUGGAUGAGAGGACGAAAGAACUGGUGGAAGAGAAGGGGAAGAGCGACCUACUCCUCUACCGGAUGCUGCCGAAAACGGUUGCCGAUAAAUUAAAGGUCGGUCAGACCGUAGCCCCGGAAUCAUUCGAACUGGUUACAAUCUUCUUCUCGGAUGUGGUCUCGUUUACAACCUUAGCGGCUCGAUGUACUCCCAUGCAGGUGGUUGACAUCCUCAACGGCUUGUACUCGAUCUUCGAUCAUGUCAUUGAAACGCAUGACGCCUAUAAGGUAGAAACUAUUGGAGAUGGCUACCUUUGCGUCUCUGGACUGCCGAAGCGCAACGGCAACGAGCACGUCAAGGAAAUUGCUGAGAUGUCGUUGGAGUUGCGGAAGCAGGUUGCCACGUUCCGCAUUGCGCAUUUGCCGAAUGAAAAAGUGCUGCUGCGUAUUGGGUUGCACACAGGGUCUUGCGUAGCUGGAGUAGUCGGGCUCACGAUGCCAAGCGGCGACUGCAACAACUACUUGCAAUCGUUCUAUCCGGGCCGUUUCCAUACGGAGACUAGGGGCGACGUCAUCAUCAAGGGCAAAGGCGUCAUGCAGACCUAUUGGCUGCUCGGGCACAGUCAAGAUUUCGUACAUGCUGCCUUACAACCUCCUAAGGUAUCACAGCCUGGCACGGCUUCCACGAUGUACAACGAAUACAAGCGGCAGGACACGAUGCGCGUCGACUCGAUUGAUGAACUU